AUGAAGGCCCUGGAAAAGAAGAAAGGUGAAUAUUUGCAUGGUCGAGAGAUUCAUCUUGUGGCUAUUAAGGAAGUUCCAUCCUCUCUACCCAAGUCCAAUGUAAAAAGCCUUCAUCUGAUAGAAGACUACUUUCGACGAGGAAGCCUUCUGAUGGAAGAAGAUGAGGCAGUGGAAGGACUUGACGGAACUCCCCAAUUUCUUGAGUCCUUUUCUCUUUGGACUUGUGCUAACACGCACGGCUGUUUUAUUCAGGGAGUACUGAAUGUUGGAGAAGUUGUUAGUGUUCGACUUAUUGUAAACCACGAGUGUAAGCAUGUGGGCUAUGGCUUUGUUGAGUUUGCUUCUGCUAACGAAGCAAAGAAGGCGCUGGAAAAGAAGAAUGGCGAAUAUUUGCAGGAUCAUAAGAUUUUUCUUUAUGUGCCUAAGAAAGAUUCAUACCCUCCACGAGCCAAGUACAACCUUGUAGAGAAGCUUUGUUACGAAGAGUACCUUCGACGACAGAACCUUGUGAUAGAAGAGGAUGAGACAGUUGAAGAAACUCCUGAUUUUCUUGAGGCAGUUGCUGUAAGAGAAAAGUCGCUCUUUGUUUCCCAUCUCUCCAGCGAAGCUGAAAUAUCAGAUAUCAUCCAUUUCUUCAAAGAUGUUGGAGAAGUUGUUCAUGUUCGGCUUAUUGUAGACAACAUAGGCAAGCAUGUGGGCGAUGGCUUUGUUGAGUUUGCUUCUGUGAACGAAGCAAAGAAGGCGCUGGAAAAGAAGAAUGGUGAAUAUUUGCUCGAUCAUCAGAUUUUUCUUGAUGUGGCUAAGAAAGCUCCAUACCCUCCACAACCCAAGUAUGAAGACUACCUUCGACAAGAAAACCUUCUGAUAGAAGAAGAUGAGGCAGUGGAAGGACUUUACGAAAUCCCCGAUUUUGUUGAGGAAGUUGCCGCAAGAGAAAAGACGAUCUUCGUUGACUAUAUCCCUUACGAAACUAAAAUACUAAAUAUCGUUGAGUUCUUCAAAAGCGCUGGACAAGUUGUUCGACUUCGACUUAUUGUAGACCACAUGGGUGAGCGUGUGGGCUGUGGCUUUGUUGAAUUUGCUUCUGCUAACGAAGCAAAGAAGGCGCUGGAAAAGAAGAAUGGUUUCGAGUUUUCUCUUGACGUGGUUGAGAGAGCUCCAUACCCUCUCCGACCCAAGUACAGCCUUGCAGAGAAGCUUUGGUAA